AUGGAGGGGUCCUCGAGGGGAAAUCCAGGACCUGCAAGAAUUGGUGGUGUUGGUAGGAGUAAUGACAAUAAGGUUGUUUUCUUUUUCUCUGCUUUUAAAGGGGUCCAUUCUAAUAACCUUAUGGAGACCCUGGAAAUACUCUAUGCAAUUGAAAAGAGGUAUGCUCCUGGUUGGAGAAGGAUUGACUAUGAAUCUGACUCACAGAUCAUAAUUGAUAUGUUGAGUACUCAAAGUUUAGGGGAUAUUAAUUGGCAGUUAGCCAUGGUGGCUAGACAAAUUCUAAAUUUAUGUUUAUCCUUGGAGUAUAUCUCUUUUAGUCACAUCCCUCAUGAAUGGAACAGAUUUGCGGAUUGGUUGGCCCAAUGGGCCAUAGAGAACUCUCGGGGGUGGAAUGUUGAGGAUCGGGGGCUCCUGUCCCCUGAGUAUUUUGGCACUCUGGAUAAGAUGAUUGAAGAUGACCAAGAGAUUUAG